AUGAAUCCAUCAGCCGCAGGCCGCACGCUCCCAAGAGCUCUAAGAGCUACUCGGCUUUUCAAUCAGCAUACAAGCUUGUCUACAAUUACCGGGAGUCAUCGAAUCCAAGCCUCCUUAUCGCCAUCAUGUCCGGCAACAUACAGGGCGCUGCAUACUACCCGAUCGCAAAAGUCACAAUCUGUCCCAGCCUCCAAUGCCGCUGCGAGGGACUCGUCUAACCCCGCCAUGUCCUUUCCGUGUCUCGAUGCGCAGGAUGCAAAGUCUGCCCAGCUCUCCGCACGAUCUCUCCAGUCAGGCCCCGAACCUUCAUAUACCACUGGUCACCACCAAAAAUUCCACUGCGAACAACCGUUACUGCUUGAUUGGGGAGGUAUACUUCCAGAGUUUGACAUCGCCUACGAAUCCUGGGGCCAAUUGAACUCUGACAAGUCGAAUGCUAUCUUACUGCACACGGGUCUGUCGGCAUCCAGUCACGCCCAUAGCACGGAUGCCAACCCCAAGCCCGGCUGGUGGGAGAAGUUCAUCGGACCCGGCAAGCCUUUAGAUACAGAUAAAUACUUUGUCAUCUGCACCAAUGUUGUUGGUGGAUGCUAUGGUAGUACUGGGCCUUCGUCGAUUGACCCCUCUGAUGGAAAGCGAUACGCUACUCGGUUCCCUAUUCUUACGAUAGACGACAUGGUGCGGGCACAGUUUUGUCUCCUGGACUCCCUUGGCAUUAGCAAGCUUUACGCCUCUGUUGGAUCUAGCAUGGGUGGUAUGCAGAGUCUUGCUGCCGGUGUUCUUUUCCCUGAGAAGGUUGGCAAGAUUAUCAGUAUCAGUGGUUGUGCGCGAAGCCAUCCCUACAGCAUUGCCAUGCGGCACACUCAGCGACAAGUCCUAAUGAUGGACCCGAAAUGGGCCCGUGGUUUCUACUAUGAUUCCAUCCCUCCACAUUCUGGAAUGAAACUUGCGAGAGAAAUCGCAACCGUGACAUACAGAAGCGGUCCGGAGUGGGAAAUGCGGUUCGGACGCAAACGCGCAGAUCCUAACAAGCAACCUGCUCUGUGCCCGGAUUUCCUGAUUGAGACCUACCUGGAUCACGCAGGAGAGAAGUUCUGCCUGGAAUAUGAUCCUAAUAGUCUUCUAUACAUCUCCAAGGCCAUGGAUCUGUUUGAUCUCGGUCAUGCUCAUCAAACCCAGACGAAAGCUCGAAGAGCCGAAUUUGAGGCUAAAAUUGCUGAUGGCGGAAAGGCCCUGCGCGAGAGCAACAUUGCAUGCAGUCUGACUCUCCCAGAGGCACCGUACGAGGAGCAGCCCUCUGUAACCGCAUCCGCUCCUGCUAUGGACCAGGCUGUGGGUGGCGGGGAUCUUGGAACAGAUGCGCCCCCGCAGGAUCUUGUCGCCGGCCUUGCGCCGCUCAAGAACCACCCGGUCUUGGUCAUGGGCGUUGCCAGUGAUAUCCUUUUUCCGGCUUGGCAGCAGCGAGAAAUCGCCCAGACCCUUCGGGCUACCGGAAACAAGAACGUCGAGCACAUUGAACUUGGAGAGGACGUUUCGCUUUUCGGACAUGACACGUUCCUCUUGGAUUUGAAGAACAUCGGCGUUAGUCUCCUGUGGAUUUACCUAAUGGCGUGGCUGUCCCGAAGCGGUAAGGUCCCACUUCCUCAGGGUUCAAAAUGUUCCGAGCCGCUUCAACCAAUGACGAUGUCCGAAUUCCUGGGCUGGGAUGCCGAAAACGCCGACUCCCUCUUGAGCGGAGCGCAUCUUCCGGCGCGGUCCCAGGAGACCUACGGCUUCCACAUCCCCAACUGUUCCUCUCACCUCUCUUCAGUGCUUCUUGUCGUGGCUGUCCUUGGAUGGCCUAUCUCUUAUCCUAGAAUUGAUGCUUCCCCACGUCUAAUGGAGCUGUUACUUUCCCGGACAACCCGCACGACAGCUCCACGGUGGGCGAAAAAGAAAAAUUUAGGAAAAAGGAAAAGCUACGAUCUAGGCUCGCCUCCUUUUCAAUUCGAUGAGCUCGCUCUCCGGCCGCUGAACCCUCUAACAUCUCGAUUCUCACAACGUCUUCUUUCUUCUUCAACGCCAGCUCGACAGCUACAGUGGCCGAAGGCCUGCCCCAUCGCAGUGAGGGACCUGGCAUUUGCGCUCGGCGAGACCCCUCCGUUUUCGCUCUUCUUGGACCAGCUACGACUUAGUCUAUUCAAUUGCAACACUUCUCUCAUGGUAUCCGUCACUAAUGGGGGCCCAGGGCUUGAAAGCCCGACCCUGUCCGACUCGCGAAACACAGGUUCGGCCUUGUCACGAUCUCCGGAACGCAAUGAACAUCGGAAACCACAAGUACCAAAGGCAUUGGCUGGGGGUAGUGCACAAGACAAAUAUAUCCAAGGCUUGGAAAGUGAAUUCAAAUUAAAGCAUCUAGGAUUCCUUCUAACUCGAAUGGUGUUGGAGAACAAGUCGUCCUGCGACGUACUCCCUUUCGACGAGGCAGCGACUGUAGGCAAGAAAGUCGAUGGGUGUUGGCACCAGAAGUCGUUCGACAAGGCCGUUGUGAUCAUCAUCGAUGCCCUGCGCUACGAUUUUACGGUACCCUUUGCGCCGAGCGCAGAGGGUGAGUCGGCACAACUGUUCCAUGAUCGCCUUCCCGUCCUGUAUGAGACAGCUGUCAAUACCCCCGAAAAUGCCUUUUUGCUUCCUUUCAUUGCGGAUCCGCCCACGACGACACUGCAGAGGCUGAAGGGACUCACGACCGGAACGCUACCCACGUUCAUUGACGCUGGUUCUAACUUUGCUGGGACGGCAAUUGAUGAAGACAAUUUAGUUGCGCAAUUGCGCGCCGCAGGCAAGACUCUGGUUCAGCUUGGGGAUGACACCUGGCACGCACUUUUCCCCGGCUACUUCGAUCCUAAUCUAACUCGCGCAUUUGAUUCAUUCAAUGUCUGGGACUUGCAUACCGUUGACAACGGCGUGACUACAAAUCUCCUCCCGCUUCUACAUCCUGAAAAUUCUACGAAAUGGGAUGUUAUCUUCGGUCACUAUCUUGGUGUCGAUCACGCCGGCCACCGAUAUGGCCCGAAUCAUCAAGCUAUGGCUGCAAAACUCGAUGAGAUGGAUCGGGUCAUCCGCGAAAUCAUCACCAAACUUGACGACAAAACGCUGUUGGUGGUGAUGGGUGAUCAUGGCAUGGACUCCAAGGGUGACCACGGCGGUGAAUCUAAUGAUGAAGUCGAUGCCGCUCUAUGGAUGUACUCUAAAAGGGGCAUCUUCGGCCGUACAAGUGCUGAAACAGCCAGGCCUCCCAUGCUCGCUCGCGAGCGCUUUGUGCCUCAGAUCGACCUUGUGCCCACGCUGUCUCUUCUUCUCGGAAUGCCUAUUCCUUUCAACAACCUCGGCUCGCCGAUCGAGGAGGCUUUCAUUGGGCCCAAGGGGAACGAUUGGAAGAACGUGAUGUCGGUCAACCGGUUGACUUCCGCUCAGAUUAAGAGGUAUCAACGGGAGUACACAGCAUCGCGAGGUAUUGAGGACAGCCACCAAUUCCAGUCCGAGGACCUCUGGAGGGCGGCGGAAAAUAGCUGGCAGAAGCUUCCGAGGAUCGGCCGGCCCAGCCAGGCAACUUUGCUUUCCAUUUCUGAGUCCUACAAGGAAUACCAGAGACACACUCUCCAGCUUUGUCGUUCUUUGUGGGCUAAAUUUGACGUACCGAGCAUGCUCCAAGGUGUUGCAGUCCUUUUUGCUGGCAUUGUCUUGCUGGUGUUCUAUGCACGAAGCCUCAAAGCCGAUCAGACCGAUAUUACCAAGCCUCUUCUUACCCUUGUUGGAGCAGGCUCUGCUGUCGGUGUUGUCGUGGGUGCCUUUCUGUCGUUCUCGGGCGUAGCGGAGAUGCCAGUCGCCGAAUCAUCUGCUCUGUUGGCCGCCGUGGGAAGCAUAGUUGGCGCGUCAUGGACCAUUUUUGGCGGGUCAGCCGGUGUGUCAGUGCCGCUACCAAGCAGUCUGUGGGGCUGGUUGGCUGUUACCUUCACGAUCACGCAGUCCAUCGGAUUCGCCUCCAACUCCUAUACAAUCUGGGAGGAUGAGAUUCUCCUAUUUUUCCUCUCCACCUUCGGUGUUCUUGCUGGUGUAUCCUCGAUGCGACAGAAAUCGACCGCCGACAGGGUUCUGGGCGUCUAUCACUCCAUCCUCUUCGUCAUCCUCGGAAGGAUCGCGUCCUUUUCUCGCCUGUGUCGCGAGGAGCAGAUGCCUUUCUGCCGUUCGACCUAUUACGCGUCUGCCACUUCUUCGACUUCUGCACCCUGGCAGCUUGCUGUACCAUUCCUUGUGGCGCUUAUCCUUCCCACUGUUGUACGGUCAUUUUAUGCCGGAUCCAAGUCCUACGAAGGUGCCGCUACUCUCUGGAUUGGCUUGGGUUUCCGAUUGGGGCUGUUCAUAACCUCCGUCUUUUGGGUGCUUGAGGGGGCUGAUGAUGGCGAGUGGCUGCCCUUGAGCAAGGAGACUUUGAAGUCAGUUAGAGUGUUCUUGGCUCAGCUCGUGCUAGCUCUCGCAUUUGCUGCGGGGACAACAGCAUUCAUCUAUUCUAAGCCUUGCAUUAGCAUUAAUGUCAGCCAAGGGAAUGCGGAACCGGAAAGCAAAGGCAAGAACCUGGCGCCACCCCAGCCAGCAGGACGCACCACCGUUACGAUCCUCGGGUUUGGCAACGUACAUGGGACUCGGUACUUCCUCCUCGUUGUUAAUUUCUGUUUGGGAAUCAUCCUUCUGCAGAAACCCAUGGGUCAGGGUGCCAUGGGACUUUUGCUUUGGCAAAUUCUCUCACUGCUAGAGAUUCUGGAUACGAAUGGUCUGGUCCUUGGCAAUUCAGCCAUUGGGCCGAUCGUUUUGGCUCUUCUCGGCUCCUUCUACUACUUCAAAACUGGUCAUCAGGCUACUCUGAGUAGCAUCCAGUGGGAGACUGCCUUUAUCCCUCUCUCCUCCGUUCAAUACCCAUGGUCCCCCAUCGUCGUAAUCCUCAAUACAUUUGGCGCACAGAUUCUUACUGCAAUUGCCGUCCCUCUCACCGUCCUCUGGAAACGCCCUCUUCAACUCAGCGAUCAGUCAUCCUCCUCCCCGAAGUCCAGCAACCCUUCGAUUAGACUCCUCUCUGACGUUGUGCGAGCCGCGUGCACCUACAUCCUCUACUUUGCGACUAUUAACCUGGCCACUACCAUGUGGGCUGGCCAUCUCCGCCGGCAUCUCAUGCUGUACCGGAUCUUCAGCCCUCGGUUCAUGAUGGGAGCCAUUGUGCUAGGAGUCGUGGACAUUGUUCUCAUCAUUUUCUCUGUGGCUGGUGUGCGGUGGAGCACAUUGAGUGUAGGAGAGAUCUUUGGGUGGUAG